AUGAAGGACCAGAGGAAAGAAUUGUUCAUAAUGGAAAACAACGUCCGACCUGGUAUCCUAGUACUCAUCAAUGAUGCCGAUUGGGAAUUGGAGGGCGAAGAGAAAUACGAGCUUCAUUCAGGAGAUAACAUUGUAUUCGUUUCAACACUCCACGGAGGCUAG